CCCGCACCACCGAGGGACGGUCGGAGCGGAGCCGGAGCCGAGCCGGAGCCGAGCCGGAGCCGGAGCGGGGUAGGAUGGGCCGGGGGCCGCCCCGGUUCUAGCCCCCGAGGAAAAAGAUUCGGUGGCUGAGGAGCCGCCUCGCCCCCCUCCCACACGAGACUCUCCCCCCCCAUCCCUCCCCAGGCCGCUGGGCCGGGCCACCUGCGCCUCGGGUAACGAGAUGUCCUCGGAGGGUCCCCGCCGGAGCAAACCAGGGCCCCCGGCCCCCAAAGCCCAGAGACCGUUGUGUACGCUGUGCGGGGCUAGUUUUGAGGCCCAAACAGACCUUUGCCGCCAUGUCCUCUCCCGCCAUUCGCGCUUCUUCGCGUCGCACCCUGAGCCGUCCGAGGCUGAGAGCGGCGGGGCUCCCACCGACCAGCCCCCCGAAAGGAGGCAGCAGAAGGGAAAACGGAGCGGCCCCCGGCCCCUGUCCCAUCCCCAGGCCAAGAAAUCGGUCUCUGCAAAUGGGGCAACUGCCUCUCCCCGCCCAGGCCCGUUGACCCUCAGCAAGGCGGUUGAAAGACCCCCGGAGACCCGCACCAGUAAGGCCGUCAAGUCACUCCCCGGCUGCUCAACCACGGGCCUUUCCCACCCCCCGGGCUCCCCUCUCCUCAAAAAGGGGCCGCCUGCUUUCUCGGGGCCUCCCCCACCCAAAAACUCUGAGGACAGGAGCCCCCUGCCGGGCUCCUCGAAGGCGCAGUGCCCACAGCCAGAAGAUGAAGGCCCCCUAAACCUGUCUUUAGACGGUGAUUUGGGCAGAGAGCUUGAUGGCCUCUUGUCCAGGGCCCACUUUGAGACCACAAAGGGCCCAUCCCCUCAGGCCAGAGCCCACCUGCCCCAGCCAGGGAGGAGCCACCCAGAGGCCAAGGGCUACCCUAUAGACUAUGGCUUCCACACCCGCCUCCCAGCGCAGUGGGAGGGGCAGGCAGAGCCCGGGCGGCCUGAGUUUUCGGCCCGCCGGCCCCCGGCCACGGCCCCCUUGCUGCUCUCCCCCCCACUGGCCAAGAAGCCCAAGCCCAGGGCGUCGGGGGAGGCCGGCCUUCCGGGGAAGUGGGAUCUCCCUGCCAAUGCAUUCUGGGCCCCAGUCAUGGAACUGGCUCUUCUCAGUCUCUCAUCAGACACAGGACCAGCCCAGCACAUCGGCUGUGAGCUCUGUGGGCAGCUUUUUGAUAAUGCACAUGGUCUGGCAAGCCACGCGAACUCCCAUCUGCAGGAGAUGGGGGUGAGGGAGUGGCACGUCAACAACUCGCCUAUUGACACCCUGGCCGAAAUCCUGAAGAGCCAGACCCAGGCUCAGGCCGGGGGGCCUCCUGACCCAACCUCCCCAGGCCCAAAGGCAGGGGCCGAGGCAAUGGGGGGGGGCCCUGGUGACUCCCUGGAGGCUCCAAGUGCUGCGGAACCGCACGUCCCGCCCCCUGCCAGGAAGUGGGACCCAUCUAGCGACCCCCUGGGCCUCUCACUAACCACCUCUUCUCACUCAACUGCUCGGAGGAAGUUCCCGGGUCGGUCACUUCACUCCCUUCAGGAGAAACUCAAGUCCGAACCAAGGAGAGUGGAGAUCAAACAGGAGACGUUGGUUGUAGGCCUGCAGGAUAAAGGACGCCCAUCUGAUGGGCCCGGGUCACCUCGCGAGGACCAGGCACCCCAGAACCUAGCUUCCUGGGCUGAGCCGGUCCGGGGCGUGCGCUGUCAGCUCUGCGGCGAGUUCUUUAGGGACCGAAGGGGCCUCUCCUGCCACGCGCGCUUCCACCUGCGGCACAUGGGGGUGACCGAGUGGUACGGCUCGCCCAUUGACAAGCUCCAAGAGAUCCUGGAGAAGAGGGCCAAAGCGGGGCUCAUUAAAAAGGAGCCCACCCCCACUGAGCUGCCCUGUCCCCGGGGGGAGGAUGGGCCCAAAUCCCCUGGGAAGGGGCCUCUGGCCCUGUCUUUGACCCCAUUGCCCCACAGUCCUGGCAAACCCGGGCCUGACUCUGCCAACAGAGGCCAGAAAAUGACCCUCUCGCCUCUUCCCUCUGAGCCAUUUGCCAGUCUCCUCACCCCCUUGAGGGCAAAACGGCCGCCGCCCGAUGACCAACUUCUCCAUGGGGAGAAGAAGACCAAGACCUGUACACGCCCGGAGCCGCCCAUCAAGACGAGCCCAUUCAAACAGGCCUUCAUCAAGACCAGGCCGCCCAUCAGAAGCCACAGUGAGACAGAGCCGCCCAUUCGAGACCCAGGACGCCAUUCCAGCUCAAACUCCCGCUCGCCAUGGGAAGCCAGGGUGGCGUUUGAAGGGCUCCAUUUGAGAAUCCCUGAGGCACUGGCCACCAGCUGGACUCCCUGCAGCAACUGGGUGACAGGAUGGCGUUUGAAGGCCCUCAAGUUGAGCGACCCUGAGGGAGUGGAUCCAGCCAGACCCCCAGAAGGGGGGCCUACACCACAUUCAGGUGGCCACCCCUGGGAUGACCACCAUUCCCUCCACCAACGACAAGCCAUGGGGACAAACAAGUGCCGGGCACCUAGGGGCUCUGCAAUGGCGCCUCAACUGACCGUCAAGCCCCUGGGAGUGAAUCAGGCCGGGGAAGGGGACCAGGCAGGAAGCAUGGGGCAAGGGACCCAUGCCUCACCUCCAGCUGUGGUGAAGGCAGAGGAAUACUAUUUCACAAUGUCCAUUGGGUGGGACAGCAACCUGGCCCUUUGA